AUGACGUUCCCCUUCCUGCCCUCAAUUGACUUCCAGUCCUACGCCAGUCCCGCCCAGGGACUGGAUGCCCAGGCUCUUUCGUAUGUCGGCGCCGUCUUCACCACCGUGACGCCCGCCAACAUCGACGAUGCCUUUGUCUAUCUGCGCGAGACCUUUGGCACCCUCGCCACCCACUUCGACGCCUCCGCCCUCGACGAGGUUUCCGACGUCGUCUCGCUGCUCGACGCCGGCGCUGCCAAGGUCUUCGUGAGCCUGCACCAGCUGCAGCAGCUUCGCGCCGUCCCCAACAUCGACCUCGACCGCCUCGUCGUCAUCGUGCUCGGCCAGUCCAAGCAGGAGCUCAUCGACACGAUUGGCGGCACCACCGUCGGCAUAUACGCGCAGAACGUGAAGGACGUCGAGCUGGAGCUGGCCUACCUGAAGGAGUACGGUACCGACAGGCCUGCCGUCUUCACCUCGUUCGCCCAGCCCAAGCUGGAGAAUGCGCUCGAGGUUGCGAAGCUGUCCGGCACCCCCAUCAUCCCCGCUGCGCUUCUGACGGUCGAUGUCAACGCUGAGGCCUCGCUGAUCCCGGCCGGUAAGCUCCUGCUCGCCAAUGCGACAAGUGACAGGGCCGACGGUCUCUUGACCACCCUCGUCACGGACGAGAGGGGUGUUGCGCUGGGUCUCGUAUACAGCAGCGGGGAGAGCGUGCAGGAGAGUCUGCGCACCGGUCGCGGCGUCUAUCAGAGCCGCAAGCGGGGUCUGUGGUACAAGGGUGAGACCAGCGGCGACAUUCAGGAGCUUGUCAGAGUGUCGCUGGACUGCGACUCCGACUGCCUGAGCUACGUCGUCAGGCAGAAGGGAAGGGGCUUCUGCCACCUCGCGACUGCAACGUGCUUCGGUCACUACCACGGUCUUUCGAAGCUGCAGCAGACUCUUCAGGACCGCAAGGCCUCUGCUCCCGAGGGCUCGUACACUGCAAGGCUAUUCAAUGAUCCCCAGAUGUUGAAGGCGAAGAUCAUGGAAGAGGCGCAGGAGCUGGUCGAGGCCAAGACCAAGGAGGAGAUCUCCUUUGAGGCGGCCGACCUGUUCUACUUUGCAUUGACCAAGUGCGUUGCCGCUGGUGUCUCUUUGGAGGACGUUGAGAAGAACCUGGAUGCAAAGAGUGUGAAGAUCAAGAGGAGAACGGGUGACGCAAAGGGUCCGUUCGCCGAGAAGUUCGGUGUCACCAACGGCGCAGCCAAGGAGAACACCGAGGCGAAGGAGUCCGUCAAGGAAGCUGCGUCUGUGCCGAAGAGCGAGGACGAUCCCGCCGGAACCAAGGAUGGCAAGAUUUUGAUGCAGCGUAUCAUCACUGCGGACCACACCCCCGAGGAGGUUGAGAAGGUCCUGCAAAGGCCGUCGCAGCGCUCGGCAGAGAGGAUUCUGGGUAUCGUCAACCCCAUCGUUCAGAAUGUCCGCGAGCGAGGCGAUGCCGCGGUUCUGGAGUACACUCACAAGUUUGAGAAGGCCACUUCUCUCACUACUCCCGUUCUCAAGGCACCCUUCCCCCGCAGCAUGAUGCAACUGCCCCCCGAGACCAUUUCCGCCAUUGACGUGUCAUUCGAGAACAUCCGCAAGUUCCACGCUGCCCAGGCCGAAGACAAGCCGCUUGAGGUUGAGACCAUGCCCGGUGUCCAGUGCAGGCGUUUUGUCCGUCCCAUCGAGCGUGUCGGCUUGUACGUCCCUGGCGGCACCGCCGUCUUGCCUUCCACCGCUCUGAUGCUUGGUGUCCCCGCCAUGGUCGCUGGCUGUAAGAAGAUUGUCAUCGCUUCCCCGCCGCGUGCAGACGGUUCCGUCACUCCUGAAAUUGUCUACUGCGCUGCCAAGGUCGGUGCGGAGAGCAUUGUCCUGGCUGGUGGUGCGCAGGCCGUCGCUGCCAUGGCGUACGGCACCGAGAGCGUCACCAAGGUCGAUAAGAUCCUGGGUCCUGGCAACCAGUUCGUCACCGCCGCCAAGAUGAUCGUCUCGAACGACACCAGCGCCGGCGUCAGCAUCGACAUGCCGGCCGGUCCCAGCGAGGUCCUCGUGGUCGCCGACAAAUCGGCCAACCCGGCCUUCGUCGCCUCGGACCUGCUUUCGCAGGCUGAGCACGGCGUCGACUCGCAAGUCAUCCUCAUCGCCGUUGACCUUGACGAGCAGGAGCUCCAGGCCAUCGAGGACGAGCUUCACAAGCAGGCCAUGGCUCUUCCUCGCGUCGACAUCGUCAGGGGCGCCAUCGAGCACUCGGUCACCCUAGUCGUCAAGGACAUCGACGAGGCUAUGGUUCUGAGCAAUAUGUACGCGCCUGAGCACUUGAUCCUCCAGGUUGAGGAUGUGGAAAAGGUCACGUCGAUGGUUGAGAAUGCCGGAAGUGUGUUUAUGGGCCAGUGGACCCCGGAGAGUGUCGGUGAUUACUCGGCUGGUGUCAACCACUCUCUGCCUACCUACGGCUACGCUAAGCAGUACUCUGGUGUCAACCUCGGCUCCUACGUCAAACACAUCACGGCUUCCAACCUGACCGCCGAGGGUCUGAGGAACGUCGGCACUGCUGUCAUGCAGCUGGCUAAGGUCGAGGAGCUCGAGGCUCACAGGAACGCUGUGGCCAUAAGGCUGGCUCACAUGAGUGGCGAGGCGACGGCUUAG